AGAGAAUAGACAAAAUGACUCUUCAACCCAACUUCUCUUCAAAUUCCUCCCUUAAUUUUUCUGCGAUGGCUCUCUCUAUAUAUACUUCAACUUCUUCAAUCACUUACAGAACAAAAUAUAAUAGAACCCUUAUUCACUUCUUCGAUUCAACAUGAGAUAUUCAUCCAUCUUGAAACAAAACAACAUUCUCUCUAUCAUAAGCUUUACAAUUUUUUCAAUAAGCUGCAUGGUUUUAAAAUCAAGGCCUUGUUCCUCCACUGCCCCAUCUUCACUUGAGACACUCCAAGUCGACGGGCGUUUCAGUUUCGUCCAAAAUGAAUUUGCAGCUAAAGAUUUUGGCAACCAGUUUCAUUUCCUACCUUCAGCAGUUCUAUAUCCCAAAUCAGUAUCUGAUAUAGCCACUACUAUUAGGCAUGUUUGGCAAGUGGGACCGGGUUCCGAGCUGACUAUUGCAGCCAGAGGCGUUGGCCACUCAAUAAAAGGCCAAGCUCAAGCUCCACAGGGAAUUGUAAUCAACAUGAAGUCGAUGAAUGGGCAAGGUAUGCGGGUCCACACGGGAAAAUUUCCUUAUGUGGAUGUCUCUGCUGGCGAGCUGUGGAUCGAUAUUCUGCAAGAAUGCCUGAAAUUCGGGUUAGCGCCAAAAUCUUGGACAGAUUACCUUCAUCUAACAGUUGGUGGUACUUUGUCGAAUGCUGGGAUCAGUGGACAGGCAUUUCGACAUGGUCCUCAAAUCAGCAACGUCGACCAACUCGAGGUUGUCACAGGAAAAGGAGAAGUGGUAAUUUGUUCAGAGGAACAGAAUGCUGACCUUUUCCAUGGUGUUCUUGGCGGACUUGGCCAGUUUGGUAUUAUAACUCGAGCUAAAAUUUCCCUAGAGCCGGCACCAAAGAUGGUCAAAUGGAUCAGAGUGCUUUACUCAGAUUUUGACACUUUUGCUAGAGACCAAGAGCUUGUAAUUUCUGCGGAAAACACAUUUGAUUACGUAGAAGGCCUCGUUCUCGUUAACAAGACAGGUCUUAUUCAUAACUGGAGAUCAUCCUUCAACCCCCAAGAUCCAGUUAAAGCCAGUCGAUUCAUAUCAGAUCAAAGAACUCUCUUCUGCCUGGAAUUGACAAAAAAUUUCAAUCCUGAGAACGCUGAUGAAAUAGACCAGGAGAUUGAGGCAUUAUUAUCCGAAUUAAACUACAUCACUUCGACACUCUUCAUGUCAGAAGUUCCAUAUAUAGAAUUUUUGGACAGGGUUCAUUCGGCAGAGAUAAAACUAAGAUCAAAAGGAUUGUGGGAUCUUCCACACCCAUGGCUUAAUCUACUCGUACCAAAAAGCAAAAUUCACAAAUUUGCUGAAGUUGUUUUUGGAAACAUUCUAAAGGACACAAAUAACGGCCCAGUCCUCGUCUAUCCAAUGAACAAAUAUAGGUGGAACAACAAAACUUCAGUUGUACUUCCAGAGGAAGACAUUUUCUACAUGGUGGCAUUCCUUCCCCAUGCAAUUCCCUCAUCUAUGCAAAAUGAUGGCUUACACUACAUAUUAAGUCUAAACAAGAGAAUUUUAGAUUUCUGUAAAACUGCCCAAUUAGGAGUAAAGCAAUAUCUUCCUUAUUAUACAACACAAGAAGCGUGGAGGGAACACUUUGGUCCACAGUGGGAAGUCUUUGUACGAAGGAAAUCAGCUUAUGAUCCACUAGCAAUUCUUGCUCCCGGCCAGAGAAUCUUUCACAAGGCGAUAUCUACUCUAUAAAUUUGGAAAAAUGUUAUUAUUGAAUGUUUUUGGCAACUGGAAAUAUAAAGACAAAAAUUGGGAACAUGUUGAAAGUCAAUAAAUUUUAUCGGAUAAUUCCGUGCGGACUAGGAAUGGUUGACAGGGUUUUUACAGGUGCUGCAUUCAAUUUUUUUUUUUUCCUUCUCCAA